GUUGUUUCGGCAUAGCUCUCGUGGAAUGCGCACGAGAAUUGAUUCUUCAUGCAGCUGAUGGAAAUUACACUCUUAAUACCUUUACUUUCUGUUUCAUUUCCCUCAUUUGCACUAACUAAUCGCUUGUUUUGACUGCAUUUGCGGCGACGAAUGUCUCAGAUCCAUACAAUGGAUAGCCGAAUCAUGAAACAGCUGUUGUGGAGGUACGUCGCAACAUCCCUUCUCAUUUUUGCGGUUAUACACUCCGCGUUUGCUGUUACUCACUACUCGAUACCAGAAGAAAUGAAAGAGGGAUCUAUUGUUUCAAAUCUCGCAGCCGAUUUAGGACUUGAUGUGAAAACCUUGCGUGCACGAAAGAUGCGACUAGAUGCUGUAGCCAACAAAAAAUACUUGGAUGUUAACAAAGAGACGGGGGAGCUUUACAUUGUGGAGAAAAUGGACAGGGAGCAACUGUGCAACGUUAAAACAGCUACAUGCUUUUUAAAACUGGAUGUCAUAAUUGAAAAUCCAAUAAGAAUGUUUAAUAUUGAACUUGAGAUUAUGGACAUAAAUGAUAAUUCACCACAUUUCCGUCGAGAUACCAUUCAUCUGGAUAUAUCCGAAUCAACGCCAAUAGGAGAGAAGUUUUCUCUCACAAAUGCUGUUGACCCCGAUGUCGGCUCAAAUUCUAUUAAAACCUAUUAUCUGAGCGAAAGUGACUACUUUAAUAUCGACAUACAAACUGGGCGUGAUGGGUCGAAAUUUACAGAUUUAAUUUUAAAAAGAACUCUGGACCGUGAGGAACGGGCUAUUCAUAAUCUCAUACUGACCGCUGUCGAUGGCGGAGCCCCUGCGCGCUCUGGUACGGCUAAAAUUAUUGUUCGUGUGCUAGAUACCAACGACAACGCCCCUCAGUUUGAUAAAGACAGUUAUACUAUAAAUCUCAUGGAAAACUCUCCCAUUGGCAGCCUUGUAAUCAAAUUAAAUGCAACAGAUAAGGAUGAGGGCACAAAUUCUGAUAUAGAGUACUCAUUUAGUCUCUAUACUUCCGAGAAAACGCAAACAACGUUUGGAUUAAACCAAAAUAACGGUGAAAUAAGAGUUAAAGAAAUGAUCAAUUAUGAGGAUUUCAGAAUUUAUGAUGCGGAAAUAAUAGCUAAAGACAAAGGUGCCAAUUCGUUAUCUGGACAAUGCAAGGUAACAAUACUAAUAAAUGAUAUGAAUGACAAUCAUCCGGAAAUUUCUAUUAAAUCAUUUUCAGGUCCUAUUAAAGAGGAUGUAGCUGUAGAUACAGUUGUUGGAGUGAUCAGUGUGAGUGAUAAAGAUUCAGGAGAAAAUGGUGAAAUUGAUAUAAAUAUUUCGGAUAAAUUACCUUUUAAACUGAGAGAGACAUCCGACAAUUAUUACGAGCUCGUAGUUUCAGAACCGUUGGACCGUGAAACAGUUGCAGAAUAUGACAUCACAUUUACCGUCACUGACAGAGGAAACCCUCCAUUAUCUGAUAAUGAAACUGUAACUCUAGAACUGCUGGACGUUAAUGACAAUGUCCCAAAAUUUCCACAAUCAUUUAAAACUAUACAAGUGAUGGAAAAUAACCCACCUGGAGCUUUACUGAGCUCCCUGACCGCACACGACCCAGACCUCCAUGAAAAUCAAUAUCUCGUUUAUUUUAUAAUAGAAAAGGAAAUCGUGAAUACUUCUAUGUCCAUGCUGUUCUCCAUUAAUCCAGAGAACGGUAACCUUUACGCACUAAAGACAUUUGAUUAUGAGAUAGAGAAGGAAUUUCUUUUCCACAUCGAGGCCAGAGACUCUGGUGUUCCUCCACUUAGCAGUAAUGCGACUGUUCACAUUAUUAUCAUGGACCAGAACGACAACACACCUGUUAUAGUGUCUCCAUGGCGCGCACACGGCACCGUGGUGGAGGAAAAAAUACAGAGAUCUACCGAUAAAGGAACUCUGAUAGCCAAAGUAAUUGCUAUAGACACAGACUCUGUGCACAACUCCCGGAUUACGUACCAGUUUCUCCAGAACACUGACGCUACAUUAUUCAGCCUGGACCAGUACAAUGGAGAAAUCCGGACCAUGAGGAUGUUCAGUUACAGAGACUCGCGCCACCAGCGGCUUGUGGUGAUCGCCAAGGAUAACGGAGAUCCCUCUCUCUCUGCUACAGUCACCAUCAAACUGUCCACGGUGGAGACUGCACUUAAAAGCUAUGCUGACAUGACUGAGGUGCCUUUAGAAUAUGACAUCUUUUCUGAUUUAAACCUGUAUCUGGUAAUCGGACUGGGCUCAGUGUCAUUCCUGUUACUGAUCACCAUACUGGUGACCAUUGUGCUGAAGUGUCAGAAACCGAAGCCCAGUAAAGCUGCUCCUCCCUGUAGGAACAGUGUGAUCAGUGAGAGGAACUCGACCAUCGCAGAUUCCACUCUGGUCUCCAAUGAUGCCUACUGGUACAGUUUAUUUCUAGCAGAGACCAGGAAAGGAAAGCUGGUAGUUAGACAACCUGUGCCAAAGGGGACGAGAUACAUUGUGUCUAGUAUACCAAGGAGCACAGGACUGACUGAGACUAGUGACUCAGCUGCCUCAACUCUGCAGUACUCAAAAUGAGAGAUGUCCCUUCUCAUGCUGGAGGCCUCCACCACCACCAGUAGCAGUUCCUCGUGAGGCUUCAUUCCACCUCCUGUUGCUCAAGUGAUGCUGAAAAGAACCUGAUCUACAAAAAUGGAGCAUCUAAUUCCUGCCCACCUGUCUUCUGAUUUAGAACAUGUUUCUAAUUGGAUUCUUUAUGAUUGCACCAGAUGUACCUCCCCUUUGCUUUUUGUCCACAUUAAUUCUUGAAAUCUAACACACCUGAAUGUGAAUGACUUGAAAUUUGGUUAUGACUGAUGGAUGUGCUUACCAAGGUGAGAAUAUUUCUACUCCCACUUCCACCCUUUUCAGAAGAGUCAGUGUGUUUAUUGCAUUGACCUACAUGCAUGGAUCGACAUGGCUAUAUCUAUGGAUGUUUGUUCACUUAAUAAAAUAUUUUUGGACUUUUCAAUGUUUGACACAUCAAAACUUUCAAGUGGGCUUGGGGGAAGCCUAAAAUGCACAUACAUUAAGAAUAACACAAAGAAGCACAAAUAAAUGUGUAUAAAGGGAUAGCAUACUGAAAUGGUGCAUGUGGUGAUGUCCUUUAACUGGACUUGUUCACAUUUUCUCUAAUGGAUGUCCAAUCUUUACUAUUUUGUGGUCAAUGGCUCCAUAUCUACACUCAAAAAAACCAACAUGGGUGUUUGUUACAUGAACCUAAGUCUAACAUGUCACGAUUGACAUUUAGAUCACUCAACAAAAUUGUUUCUGGCUAAGUUAACGCAUUUUACUUGGGUGGAAAUACUUUCCAUAAUUUUAUUAUGUUCACUGAGCAAGUUAUUUGCAAGUUAUUUUUUUGAGUGUAGCAAGGGCAUAUGAACAAAAAAAAUUGAGAAACAACAACAACACAAUUGUCAAUUAAAACCAUCACAGUAUACAUGGGAAAUUAACCCUUGGUGCUGUUUAUUCUGUGUGUUAUAAAAUAAUUGUAUUGUUGGUUUUGCUGAUUUUUACCAAUGUAAAAUGCAAAAGAGCUAAAGAGACAAGUGUGACGAACAUAUUAUCGCAAAUGUUCCAUUUAUAUAAUUUGUAUUGCAUCACAAAAAAAAUCUAUUCAUCAGAAAUGUGUUAUUAGUGAGUUUAUUUCCAAUUGAAUUAUAAUCCAUGUAUUAGCUUUUUUGCCAUUUCCUUAUAAAGUAUCCCAGCUCAAGUGGGCUUACAAUAUACACAUAAAAUUAUAUCAAUUUUGUAUUACAUUCAUUUCAGUCAUAUAAAUUUAGAAUAAGUUUCCUGUAAAUAAGCACAUCUUAGACAUAAUAUAGUAGAAAGACAUACAACUUUCAAUCUUGGAACCAUUUUGAAUAUGAUUGUUGAAAAUAUCUUCAUACUAUUCUAUAGACUUUACUGCACUAUUAUAGUACUAAAAAAAGCAAACAACUACAGCAAGGUUUUGAUGUUUUUGUUUUAUGAUUUUACUCAAAAUGUACAGCUCUCUUAUGGUAUUGAACUGUUUUAGUUGUUGGAAACUGAUUCAGCAUUAUUUUGAGAUUUAUGAAGUUAAAGUCAAUUUUUUUGUAAAGUGUUACACUCGUGGUGCUUUAUUUAGAUGGAUGUGUGUUAACCUGUAAUAUGCACUGCAUCAUUUUCAGGCAGUGCAGUUGUUCUAAAUGCUCAGAAAUGGCUAAUUGCUUGUGAAUAGCAAUUAUAUAUAUAUAUAUAUAUAUAUAUAUAUAUAUAUAUAUAUAUAUAUAUAUAUAUAUAUAUAUAUAUAUAUCUCCCUGUGAUGACCUGGCGACUUGUCCAGGGUGUACCCCGCCUUUUGCUCGUAGUCAGCUGGGAUAGGCUCCAGCUUGCCUGUGGCCCUGUAGAACAGGAUAAAGUGGCUAGAGAUCAUAUAUAUAUAUAUAUAUAUAUAUAUAUAUAUAUAUAUAUAUAUAUAUAUAUAUAAAACAUGGUUCUGACGAGUUACCCAGACAGGACAGAUGCACCAAGGGGUUAUAAAGGCAGUUUGUUAAAAGACACACUAACAAAUGUGUGUAUUUAAAGACAGAAAGACAUGAGAAGGUUUCAGUAUGAUCUAAGAACAAUUUAUGUACUGCAUGUUAAUAUAUGCUGGAAGAGAGAGAUAAUAUCUGCUUUUCUUGCAACUCUCAUUUCAGUGCUUUGCAUAAGAUGUCACUCAUAGACACACACACGUGUGUGUGUGUGUGUAUAUAAAUAUAAAUAUAAAGAGAGAGAGAGAGAGAGAUUCAUACUGCUUCAUUUCAACCCCAGCAUGUUCUGCCUUGGAGGAAUUUCAUCAGAUUCUAUCUAGCCUUCUAAACUUUGUCUUCAGUUUUAUGACUGCAUGUCCAUCAUAAUAAACACAGAAGGCACCUUUGGUCUGUGAUGACACGCUGUAUUAUGGAUGUAUUAUUAUUAUUAUUAUUAUUAUUAUUAUUAUUAUUAUUAUUAUUAUUUUAUUUUAUUUUUUUAUAAUUACCACUAAUACACUGCAAGCAGUGCAGGUAUAAAAGAAAAGCCCGUAUAACCCAUAUGUAGUUUAAAUCAGAACAAGUACAUUUAAUUUUGACUGCCUGGAUUUCCAUAGUAUUGUGUUCAAUAAAGUAAGUAACUGAAAGUAAUGAUAGUGAUACAUCAGUACAUAUGGCAACAUAAAAAGACAACCAUCUUUCUCCUGCAUGAUACAAUGCUGUGUGUUUGUAUGUGUAUAUGCUGGGUGGGUGAAUAAAAUGACUAAUCUCUAAAAACUGAAGUGAGUGAAAUCACCAAUGUUUGUUUUGAUUAUUUGUAUUUUUAUUAUGCACAUUCGUAAUUGUACAUUUAACUUGUAGGCAUAUUUUAUGAACAUUUAGAGCUGUGCUACAAACUGUAUUACCCGUGAUUGCAAAAGUGCAAAUAAAAUUCUUAAAAGGA